AUGUCGGUUGAGGAGGGGCUGGAUCUGGUCCGAAAGCACAUGUCCACGGUCCGAACGGCGAGCCACUACGACAAAGUCUAUAAGGAUGAAUGCAUGUUUUCCUUUGACACGCCGUUCUCUCCUGGAGGCCUCUACAUCAACCUGAACACAUUCCAGGGCUUUGGUGAAGAGUAUGUGGCAUUGGAUCAUGAGAGGACCCAAAAUGCGCUUUACCUGCAUGAGAAAUGGCACAAGGUGCCGCUGGUUGGGGAAGCCCAGGAGAAGCUGACCACAAAACCUGAUCGGCUGGCAAUUGGAGGCGAUGGCGGGUUUCAGGUUGAUGCAGAGAAGUUUGAAGUUGAGAAGACAUCUGCCUUGGUUGUGAUGCCCAGCAAGAGGACAUUUGCACUUCCCUGCCCUGAAUUGCCUGAGGUGGUGCUGCAAGCCAUAAACGCAAUACAGGCGCAUGACAGCGCCACACUCCAGGAGCAGGUCCACGUGUGGGAAGAGGAACGACCUGUCAGCGCAUAUGCGAUGGAGCUGGUCCAGCUGCCAGCAACAAAGACUGUCCCCAUGGAUCCAAACGAAUGGAAGUGUGAAGAAUCUGGAGUCAGGGAGAACCUGUGGCUUAACCUUUCGACUGGACACAUCGGUUCUGGUCGGCAGCAUUUUGAUGGGAGCGGUGGCAAUGGUGCUGCUUUGCGCCACUUUGAGGACACUGGUAAGCUCUAUCCACUCGUGGUGAAGCUGGGGACAAUCACGCCAACAGGGGCAGACGUGUUUUCAUACGCACCAGAUGAAGAGUGCAUGGUGGAGGACCCCAAGCUUGCUGCCCAUCUUGCCCACUGGGGCAUCGACAUGGCCAAGAUGGAGAAGACAGAGAAGACGAUGACGGAGCUGCAGAUCGACUUGAACAUGAAGUUUGAGUUCGACCGCAUUACAGAGUCAGGGGCUGUGCUGAAGCCACUCUCAGGACCAGGUUAUGUAGGGCUGAAGAACCUUGGAAACAGCUGUUACAUGAACAGCCUGCUGCAGGUGCUGUGGACGUUGCCGGUGUUGAAUGAGAGGUACCGAGCCCAGGCACACAGGAUAUUUGCAUCAGCACCGAAUGACCCCUCUUCUGAUUUUCCAACACAAAUGACAAAACUCGGUGUAGGGCUUGUGGAUGGGUGCACAGGGCACCCCCCAUCCCAUGACUUAGGCCAAGACGUGGUGGACGAUGGCGGCGAUGACAAGGUGGACCAGGACAAAUGCAGUGUGCGCCCGCAAUUCUUCAAAACUUUGGUUGGACGAAACCAUGCCGAGUUUGCAACAAUGAAUCAACAGGAUGCAGGGGAGUACUUCAGGCAUGUCCUGAAAGUCAUGGAUGUCGCUGAGCAGGGCGCUGUUGACAGGCUGCAGUUGAGUGGACAGCUCCCAACCAGCUCAGACUUCAAGUUUCAGCUGCAAACUCGCACUGAGUGCCAGGAGUCUGGGCACGUCAGCUACAAAACAGAAGUAGAAAACAUGCUGGCUCUUAAAAUCCCCUUGGAGGCUGCCACUAACAUGGACGAGGUUGAAGACUAUAAGGAGCGGGAAUUGAAGCGCCAAAAACUCAAAGAGGCGCCUGGAGACGGUGAAGCCGAAGUGGUGGCUACAUGCCCCAGUGCUGCCAAGGAUGACAAAGAGGAGAAGAUCGUGCCAAAGGUGCCCUUCAAUUCUUGCCUGGAGCAAUUUGCGGCUGAUGAGUUGCUGACAGGGUAUUACAGUACAGCUUUGAAGGCCCACACUGACAGGGCUCUCAAGAGGACACGUUUUGCCACUUUCCCGAAGUUCCUCAUGGUGCAGAUGAACAGGUACUAUCAUGACGAGAUGUGGAAUCCAAAGAAAAUGGAGGUGCUUGUUGACGCCCCUGACGAGCUUGACCUAGAGCAACUGAGAGGACAUGGAGCGCAGCCCGAUGAAAGGUUGAUGCCUGAGGACGUCGACGUCCAGCAUGAUGCACCAGCAGGGCACCCUGUGCCUGACGCCAGCCUUGUAGCUGCCCUGGUGUCGAUGGGUUUCUCUGAAAACGCCUGCAAGAGGGCUGUGCUUCAGAACAACAAUGGUGGCGUGGAGGCCUGCACAGAGUGGAUCCUCAACCACAUGGAUGAUCCUGAUCUCAAUGAGCCGCUGCCUGAAGAACGGUCGACCCAGCGGGCCGCAGAGCCCCUGCAGGAGUCGAUUCAGAUGCUGUCGUCAAUGGGCUUCGAUGCCCAAUCGGCCAAGGCGGCCCUCCUUUCCACCGACAAUAACGUGGAGAGGGCGGCGGACUGGCUCAUCAGCAGGAUGGACAACCUGGAGGCCGCCGUGGCAGAGGUGCUGCAGAGGGAGGGGCGUGCGGAGGGGCAUGUGGCCCCCGAGGGCAGCGCCGGGCUCAGCAACGCGGUUGAUGACGGGCCUGGGCGCUACACCCUCGUGGGCUUCAUCAGCCACAUUGGAGCCAACACGGCGUGCGGGCACUACGUGUGCCACAUCAGGAAGGACGGGCGAUGGGUGCUGUUCAAUGACGAGAAGGUCGCCCUCUCGGAGUCCCCGCCGAGGGACAUGGGGUACAUGUACAUGUACAGGCGCGCGGAUGUGCAGUGA